UCUUUUUUUGUGUGCCUCGAAUCCCGAGACCAGGACCAGGCCUAGGACCAACCGAGCCUCUGUCCCCAUCCCCUCCUUUCAACCUCAUUUCAUAUACCUCAGCCUGUCGUCUUUUUGUUUCCCACUACACCUUGCUGCGCUAGUCCACAAGGUAUCGACACACAAUCAUGGCGGACGCAUCCCAAGCAACCACUCCCGCUGUCGAGGGCAGCCCCGUCCCCGAGGUUCCCGAGACCCAGACGCCUCCGGCCGAUGUCAAUGGCACAACAGAACAGGAACAGACGGAGGAGGGCGCCGAGCAGGCCCUCGAGGACCAGCCCUUCGUCGUUACCAUCGUUCUCCCCCACACCACCGAGACACUUGAUAUCCCGGUGUCCCCUAUGGAGCAGAUCCAUGAGAUCCGCCAGUCGAUAAUCGAGCACCCCAUCGCCAUCGAGUUCUCUUGCUUCCACCUCGAGUUCAACGGCAAGAAGAUCAACGACUUCAUCCAGGUUUCCGACGUCGAGGGUCUCGAGAACGGCGCCCAGCUACACCUUGUCGAGGAUCCCUACACUGAGAAGGAGGCCCGCAUUCACCUCAUCCGCAUUCGCGAACUGAUUGGCGCCUCCGGAGACCGCACCGAUACCGUCCACGGCGUUCUUGCUGGCGUUUCCGUUCAUGACGAUAUUGUGGUCGAGAACCCCGAUGCCCCCGAGGCCGAGAUCAAGGAGUACGACUUCCAGGCUCCCGCUGACCUCGCCAUUCUGCUCCCCAAGGAGACUGGCCCCGCCCCCAAGACCAUCAAGUCCAUCUCUCUAUCCCCCUGGAACCCCCCUCCUGCCUACUGGAGGCAAAAGGGCCACCUUCUCUACCUCGUCGUCCAGACCAACGAGGGUGAGCAGCACCACGUUACCGCCCAUGCUGGUGGCUUCUUCGUCAACAGGUGCAGCAACGCCAAGUUCGACCCUCUCCCCAAGCCGGCCCCCAAGGAUUGCGCCUCCCACUCUCUCUUCACCCUUAUCAAGAAGCUUUCUCCUUCUUUCGAGGAGUCGUUCAAGAAGUUCCAGGAGUUCUCUAGCCAAAAGGACCCCUUGGCCACGUUCCAAGUCGGCAACACCUUCCCAUCUGCGCCGUGGUUGGUUCCUUCCAACAACUCUUCCCUUACUGCCCACGAGGCCGACCCCACCCGCUCGCAGGAGACCUACCUGCUCGGCGGCGCUGAGAAUGUUGACUCUCUGAGGGAUUGGAACGAGGAGUUCCAGUCUGCCAAGGAACUUCCCAAGGAGACCAUCCAGGAUCGCGUCUUCAGGGAGCGCCUGCUCGCUAAGCUCUUUGCUGACUACACUGAUGCCGCUGCCCGCGGUGGCGUCCUUGUCGCUCGUGGCGAGGUCGCCCCUCUCAACCCUACUGAGGACAAGGAUGCGCAGAUCUUCGUCUACAACAACAUCUUCUUCUCCUUCGGCGCUGACGGUGUCGGCACUUUCACCAGCGAGGGUGGUGAUGAGGCUGCGCGUGUUGCCACUGGCAAGGACGUUCUUGGUGUCAAGCUCGUGAACCAGCUUGACAUUGACGGUCUCUACACUCCCGGCACCGUUGUUAUCGAUUAUCUCGGUAAGCGCAUUGUCGGCCAGAGCAUCGUUCCUGGCAUCUUCAAGCAGCCCGAGGCUGGUGAGAACCAGAUCCACUACGGUGCUGUCGACGGCAAGGACAUUGUUGCCGCUGAUGAGCGCUUCGCUCCUUCUUUCGAGAAGCUCGCCACUGCCCUGCGCGUCAAGAAGCACGCCGUUUGGGACAAGGAGAACAAGCGCCACGACCUUGAGGCCAGUGUUGAGAUGAAGGGUCUUCUCGGAACUGAUGGACGCAAGUACGUUUUGGACCUGUACCGCAUCACUCCCCUGGAUAUUGCCUGGAUGGAGGAGAGCGGACCUGAGGGAGCUGAGUACCCUCACCGCAUGACUGUGCUCCGCCCCGAGCUUGUUGAGGCUUUGGCCAAGCAGAAGACCAGGGAGUACGUCCAGGCCGAGCUCCUGAAGCGCGGCAUCAUCAAGAACCCCGAGGAGAAGAAGGAGGGCGAGGAGGCCACUGAGGAGGCCAAGACCGAGGAGACCAAGACCGAGGAGGGCGAGAAGUCUGAGGAGCCCAAGGCUGAUGAGGCCAAGGCUGAGGAGACUGAGAAGACCGAGGAGCCUGCUGAGUCCACCGAGGUCGCUGAGAAGAAGGAUGAGGAGGCCGCCAAGGAGGAUGAGCGCAUCGAUAUCAGCAACUUCAAGUUUGCCUUGAACCCCGAUGUUUUCAGCGGCCAGGUUCCUCAGACUGAGGAGGAGAAGGCUGAGAUGGCCCAGGAUGAGCAGGACGUCCGUGACGCCUGCACCUACCUCCGUGACUCGGUCAUCCCUGCCCUUCUGAACGAUCUUAAGGAGUCCGACAUUAGCUUCCCCAUGGAUGGCCGUUCGCUCACCCGCCUUCUGCACCGCCGCGGUAUCAACAUGCGUUACCUCGGUAAGCUCGCUACCCUCAGCGAGGGUACCCGUGUAGAGUGCUUCCGUGAGCUCUGCGUUCGUGAGAUGAUCGCCAGAGCUUUCAAGCACGUCGCCGCCAAGUACUUGAGGUACCUGCCUCUGCCUUUGACUUCGGCCUGCUUGGCUCACCUCCUCAACUGCUUCUUGGGCUUCGGUCUUAACUCGUCGCCUGUCGCCGAGGUUGAUGAGGAGCUCCGCAAGGUGUUCAGCGAUGCCGACUACAGCUUCGAGAAGGUCACUCCUGAAAGUUUGAGGGAGGCUAUGCAGCAGGAGAUCCUCCACCGCUUCAGAUUCACUCUGGAGGAUGGUUGGUUCAACCAGCUCCAUCACGUCCAGAUGCUCCGCGAGGUUUCCCAGAAGCUCGGUCUGCAGAUUCAGAACAAGAAGUACGCUUUCGUUGCCACCGAGGGCGAGGUCGAGCCUGUUGUUGAGAAGCCUGCUGCCCCUGCUCCUGCCCCCGUUGAGGAUGGCAACAAGAAGAAGAAGAAGAAGAAGGCCGCUCGUGAGGCCUCCCCUGUGGCUGCCGCUCCUGUUGUGACCGUGCCCCACACCUUCAGCCCUGACGACUUCGUCAACGUUGUCCCUAUCGUCAAGGACUCUACCCCCCGUAGCGCCCUUGCCGAGGAGGCUCUCGAGGCCGGCCGUCUCUCCAUCUACCAGAACCAGAAGAAGCUCGGCGAGGACCUUCUCCUCGAGUCCCUCUCUCUGCAUGAGCAGAUCUAUGGUCUCGUCCACCCCGAGGUUGCCCAGAUGUACCACACUCUUUCGCAGCUCUACUACCAGUUGGGCCAGAAGGAUGCCGCUGUUGAGCUGUCCCGCAAGGCCGCCAUCGUUGCCGAGCGUACCGUCGGCGUUGACUCUGCCGAGACCGUGUUGAACUACCUCAACCUCUCUCUCUUCCUCCACCAGCGUGGUGACAGCAAGGAGGCUCUUCUCUACGCCAGACAUGCUCUUGAUCUCUGGAAGGUCAUCUAUGGACCUGACCAUCCCGAUACGAUCACCACCAUGAACAACUAUGCCGUCAUGUUGCAGAGCAUCAAGGCCUACCACGAGUCUCGCCGCUGGUUCGAGGAGUCCCUCCGUGUGUGCAACAAGGUCUUUGGCGAGCAGACCGUUCACUCCGCCACCCUCUUGUUCCAGCUUGCUCAGGCCCUUGCCCUCGACCAGGACGCUAAGAAGGCCGUCGACCGCAUGCGCGAGAGCUACAACAUCUUCAAGACCCUCCUGGGCCCUGAGGACAAGAACACCAAGGAGGCCGAGCACUGGCUCACUCAGCUCACCCACAAUGCCGUGUCGGUCGCCAAGGCCACCAAGGAGCUCCAGGCUCGCCGCGCGAAGGGUGGUCUCGGCUUCAGCCCUCGCAACGCCACCGCUGGCGCGGCUGGUAUCGGAAGUGUUGUGCCCAGCGCUGUCGGCGUUGACAACCGCAACAUCGAUGAGCUCGUCAAGUUUGUUGAGAACAGCGAGAAGAAGAAGGGCGGCAAGAAGUCCAAGGGACCCAGCAACCCCAAGAAGCGUGGCGGCAACGCCUAAGCGUGUUGACCCUGUCAUGUCUCUGUGAUUCAUGGUACCAUGACUGCCAUGUCAUUACUCUUUGACUGAACCGUUACUUGAUGUAUAUGAUCAUCCAUUGUUAUCCAUCAUCAUCAAACAAAAUUUAGGUACCGGAUAUGGCUGGCGUUCCUGGGCUUGUGGGGACCUUUUUGGAAUUCUCUUGGCUGGUUGGCGUCUUUUUAAAAGCACUCUGUAUGUACCUGUAUUAACACGCAAUAAG